ACAAUGUUUCUUUUCCUGAUCACAUUCUGAGAGUGUUCAUGUUCCCCUCCUCCUACUGAAAAACUGCAAGACGCUGCAAUAAAAGUGUCAAAUUCCACAACUUAUUGAAAUUCUUUCCCUACUCUCUGUCCUCCUUUGUCUAGGGAAGAUGCUGGCAGCUGACAUAGUGUAUUUGUUCACUGCAAUCAAUCUUGUAUGUGCAUCUCAAAGGCAUUUUUCUGUCCCUAUACUGAUAAACCUAUUGUAGAUUCAUUUAAUCUAAGAAAAGUUUGUUGUUCAGUGAUAAUGGACCCUCUUUUCUGCAUCUAAACACAGUUGUAUUAACGACCUGUGACAGCUGAGAAAUCAAGAUAUGUUAUAAUUCACUAAAGAAAUUUUUCAGGGGCUAAUUGUCCCAGUUGUGGCUCAAGCAUGAGAAAACAAUGGCCCCUGUACUUGAAUGAUGCAGUUUCCAUAUUUCAAUCGUGACAAGGGGGGCUGAGCUCUGGAAUCAUUGUUAUAAAACCCACAGGAUGUCCUGAGGAAGACGUCAGCACAGAGUUGUACGCUAGCAUUCAGGGCCAGGGAGGUGCACUGCAGGGAGACUUGCUCCACUGCGUCUCCUUUCUUUUUGUGUCCUCAGGAGUCUCCCUGGAACGUGGGGUUGCCCCCACAACCCAGGAUGCCAUGAGCCUUCUGUGCUUUGUCAUAGGUUGGGAAUUUACAAUUACCCAACCACCUCUGACAUGGAUUGAAUUUUCUCUCAUGAAGAGAAAAUGGAAGCACAAAAACUAGAAAGCAAUCUGCGAACUGGAACUGUGUGGAGUUUCUUUUCCCAGCAGCUGAUUCAUAUUGUUGGGGUGUUGUGGUCCCAGUUACUAGAGAUCAGUGCCAGGUCACAGAGAGAAAAGGCGUUAACUUCAAGGAAGUGAACCCAGAAAACACAAAAGCUAUAUUUGGCGAGAUACACGCAUCCAUUGACACUUUGGCAUUCACAUUCGGCAAUGUAGUUUCUGACUUCCUUAUGGGAGAUGUGGACAGCAGCUCAGGGUUGGGGAUCCCCCAGACCAGGAGAAGCAGGUCUUUUGACAAUCUCUCUGUGGAUCCUGAGGGAUAUGUUUCAGAGAAAAGUGACCUUGUUGGCCCAGAGGUGCCACUGUCACGGGAAGAAGAAGUCGACUUGACCCUGUUGAAGAAUGAUAGCGGGGUGGAGUCAGCUCUGCUCUAUGCCAAGGCCUGGUCCAAGUAUAUUAAAGACCUUCUGGCCUGGAUGGAGAAACGACUGGCUAUGGAUGUUGAGUAUGCCAAAAAUUAUGCCAAAAUGGCUGAGUCUGCAAAGACAUUGGCCAGUCAGCAGGACUACAUGCCAUUCAGCAACAUCUAUGUAUCCACGUUCAAGAACGACAUUGAAUACAGACAGCUGCUUAUUCAGACUGCGGUGGCUCUUCAGACGAAUAAAUUUAUACAGCCCCUCCUGGCCCGUAAGAAUGAACUGGACAAGUUGAGAAAAGACAUCAAGGAGCAGUGGCAAAGGGAGCAGAAGAAAAUGCAAGAGGCAGAUGCAGCCUUGCGUAAAGCUCGAGCACUGAAGGCUCAGAGGAGAGAAGAGUAUCAGAAAGCCCACUCGUCUACCAAUCGCUCCCAGGAGGAGCAGUCUAAUGCUGGUAACAAACAGCUGGAGAAGAAGAGGAAGCUCGAGGAGGAGGCUCUGCUGAAGGCGGAGGAGGCCCAGGACCAGUACCAGAGCUGUAUGGCUGACGCAGGCGUCAGGAAGAUGGAUCUGGCCAACGCCAAGAGCACCAUCCUCGCGCAGAUCCGAGAGGUGGUCUUCCAGUGUGACCUCACACUCAAAGCUGUGACAGUCAACUGGUUUCAGAUGCAGCAGGCGCAGACUGUGUCGCUCCCUGCCCACUACCAGGCCCUGAGUGAGAGUGCCAAGGUGUACGAACCGGGCGAAUGCUAUGCUGAGUUUGUCCGCAACCUGCCCAAAAACCUGCCCAAGGAGCGUGUGCACUCAGACUCCAUCUCAUCUGACAAUACCAGGUUUGUUUUCAACAAAAGGUCAGCCGGCAGCACUCAUUCCUCCCAUGGCAACCUGUCGCAGGGAUCCAUCACCUCCUGCGACGUGCUGAGCGGAGACGAAGUGGACAAGGAGUGCAGGUCCAACAGCAGCACAGACAUACAAGCACUGAAGAGUCAGGCCCCGCUGAGAGCCUGGGCCUCCGGCAGUCAGGGAAGCCACGGCGGGAUGUGCAGUGACUCUGAGAGUGCGGGUGGCAGCAGCGAGUCGAGGUCCAUGGACUCGCCCACCGCCAGUCCAGGUGACUUCAAGCGACGGCUGCCAAGGACUCCAUCCACUGGGACCAUGUCUUCUGCUGAUGACCUGGAUGAGAGAGAACCACCAUCGCCCUCAGACAAUGGUCUUGCAGAGAUGGUGACGGAGACAGCCAGUUCUCCUGGUCCCUUUCGAAAUGCUCAGAUGUCCAAAGCUGCCCAAACCCAUAAGCUGAGAAAACUACGAGCUCUGUCUAAGUGCAGAGAGUGUGAUAGUCUGGUGGUUUUCCACGGAGCGGAGUGUGAGGAGUGCUCCCUGGCCUGUCAUAAGAAGUGUCUAGAGACGCUCGCCAUCCAGUGUGGCCAUAAAAAGCUGCAAGGCAGAUUGCACUUGUUUGGUAUCGACUUUGCCCAAGCAUCAAAAAACAGCCCCGAUGGUAUCCCUUUUAUAAUUAAGAAGUGCACGUCUGAGAUUGAGAGUCGAGCUCUCAAUAUCAAGGGGAUUUAUCGUGUGAAUGGUGCCAAAUCACGUGUCGAGAAGCUCUGUCAGGCUUUUGAAAACGGGAAGGACUUGGUCGAGCUGUCUGACCUCUCCCCUCACGACAUCAGCAAUGUCCUCAAACUCUACCUGAGACAGUUACCAGAGCCACUGAUCCUCUAUCGAUACUACAACGACUUAAUCGGCUUGUCCAAAGAGUGCCAGAGAGUGAUUGUGGAGGAGGCUGAUAAACCUCAGAGCACCCAGGCAGGAGAGAAAGGCGGGCCGAGCAUCCAGCUCAACAGGGUCAUUUUCAAGAUCAGAGACUUUCUCCGCCAGCUCCCACCAGCCAACUACAGAACUCUGCGCUUCCUUAUAGCCCACCUUAACAGAGUUGCUGAGCAGGCAGAGGAGAACAAGAUGACUGCGAGUAACCUGGGCAUUAUCUUUGGCCCCACACUCAUCAAGCCACGACAGACAGACGCUGAGGUGUCCCUGUCCUCCCUGGUAGACUACCCCUACCAGGCCCUGAUGGUGGAGCUGAUGGUGCGACACUUCCAAAACAUCUUUGAUGCAUCGCUUCUGUCUAGCUCCGACAUCGCCACAACUGGCCAGGCGUCCCCCAGACUCACCCCUCAAGAGAAGGUGCAGCGGCUCAGCAGACACUCCACCUCCCUGACAGACAUCAAAGAGAGUGCCAAAGUGUACAAAAGAUACUCAUCAGUGAUCCCGUCCUCACACAUCCUGGACGAGGUGCAGGAGGUCCAGCCAGGAACUGACAAAACAGAGGUCUCAGCCCUGGACAGGCUCAAUGGGAUACAGACCUCUAGUGGAGGAGACGUCCAGAGGUCAACCUUAGUGUUUGGCCGCCCCAGCACCACCAUCCCCUCCACCACCACUUUGGCAUCAAAGGUCCAGCUACGCGCCCAGCGUUCCAGACAUGUGUCUCGGCCUAUCAGCAUGCCGCUGGAGCGCCUGCCCACCCCCGCCCAGAUCAGUGAGAGGAAUAACCGUAACGCUGCUGCUGAUGUUGAUGCAAGCUCUGCUGAGCGCGACCCCGUCUCUGAAACUAUACAGGAGAUGCCAGAGACGGAAAAGUCGCGUCAAAGUGGCUCAUCCAGGGUUAGCACCUACUACAUCACUCCUUUCAUUGACACACAGACAAUGCAGAGGAGAACGUGGGACAGGAAGUACAAGCACUAUGAUGUUACACCGAGGACUGCUAUGAUUGUGGCCAACCUGCCCUCUGCAAGCCCUGGAGUACAACCUGUAAAGGCAACGAUGCCUGUCGCUGUUACCACAGCAGUAACCACUGCCUCUGCGGUCCCUACCACAAGCAGUGUGAGCACCAUAUUCUCCAGCAACCCCUACACAGUGUCAGUAAAGCCUGUCUGGACUUAUAAAAGGGAAAACGACACAGAUGAUUCAGUCAGUGAAUCUAGAAGCUCACCAAACCUUCCACUCACUCUCAGGGCACCGAGAACUCUGCAGCCCCCCCCUGGAACUUUCUACAAGCCCCCUGUUUCCGUUAACAGCAGAGCUAGGACACUUCCAACCUGGACUACUACUGUUACCACCAUCACCACCACCACCUCAUCGCUCGCCCCCACCAAACCUGCCGAGGUAGGGACACCGUCCCCUGCCCUUGCAACCCCCCCACAGACACGACUCCAGACACAGGACUCCACUGACAGCACCAGUGACCCUGGGGUCUCGACCUCUGCUACCCUUUCGCCCCCCCAGUCCCCUCCUCCUAGCAGCCCCGAAGACCUCAGUCCCAAUGAGACUAAACCCGUCUACCAAAGACUUCGACCUCGGCGGCUGCAGGCGCUUGAACACAGAGAGGCCCACUUUGUCUGACACCAAAAGAAAAAGAAAAAAACAACCAUAUUGUAUCUGUAAAUAUUUAUGUAUCUGUGCCAUAGUGUAUACUGGGGAUUUUUUCUUAUCAUACAAGCUGAGAGUGGAAGGAAAGAUAGGCCUGUGAAAUUUAAACCACAAAAGUGUUAUAAGAACUAAUAUAUUGUAUUUUACAUGUUACAGAAUGUCUCCGAAGCAGUCAAAACAAGCAAAUACUACAAGUAUGAUGCCAACGUUGAAUCGUUACUGUCAUGUUUUUAAAUAACAAAGCACCUGGUUUGUCUGUUUUUAUGUAAAAAAAAAAUUGCCUAUCGUCCUUUUUGUUCGAAUUGAACAGUUAAGUUCAUGUUUGAUUUGUUCCAAAAUUAUAUUUUAUUGUAAUCACACAAUGCACUUAAUGCAAGAUAAGAUUCUAAUGUUAAAAUCUGCUUAAUUUUUUAUCUUGUUCCCCAAAGGAGCAGAUGAAAGUAUUUUUAACAUGAGGUUUUUUUUUAAUUUUAAAGAGUUCGAUAUUUUUACCUUUUAAAUUUGCCUGUUGUAAGCCAGAGUUUGGUACAUCGUUUCUCAGUAUGUAAACCUUAUGUAUCUGUUUACGUUUUUUAUACUCAUUCAUACAUACUGCAUGUUUGUCACAGUAAUUUUGUCUCAUUGAAUUAUUGUGACUAUGCAAAAGAAAAAUGACAUGCAAUAACAAAUUAAAAAUGUAGUUUAAACUGUUAC